GGAUGUGCGGUCGCAGUGAUCGAAUUGUGUGAACUGCUACGGUGCCUUUGACAUAAGCAGCGAAGCAGAAAACGGCUGAUCAUUAAUUAAUUGUGCGUCACAACUCCAUUACGGAGGGUUUGCAUCGAACGUUCUAUGUUGGAACUCCCAGCGCAAGUGACUGUGCCUUUUACUAUCCCCAAUUUGGUCUUUACUUCCGCGCUCCGCCUCUUUGAUGGCGGCGUCCUAAAUAGCAGAAACCAGCACAGAAGCUAGCAAAAAACUGCACCAGAAAUAGGAAAGUUCCGACAAGGCAUCAUCUAAGAGCAAUGGAUAAGGCGAAACAAGGAGAGCCAACAUCUCACAACAGCCACGGUCUAAAGCCGGCCAGCGUUGACUCGUUGGAAGGUUCCGAAAGUGGCUCACUAAACUCCAAACUCGGCCCGCGGUCGGUGGGCAGCCACAGCUCCCACUCGCCGUCCAAGUCGCUCUGCUCGUCAUCUUCAACAUCCACGGAAAACAUGCAACUCACACAGGAGCUCAAGGCGAGUAUGCGAGAAGUGUCCAAGGUGACAAAGACGCAAGAGCCUCCUUUGCUUCCUGGAGAACAGCCACACGUCGUUCAGAAAGCACGAGACGUCACCUACCUGUGCCCAUUUCAAGGCCCCAUUCGUGGCUGCCUCUUCAUCACUAACUACAAGCUGUACUUUCGCAGUGUUGAGAAGAAUUCCCGCUCCAAACAGUUCACUGAACCACGGUUCACACUGGAAGUCCCGCUUGGUGUUGUGAGUCGCAUCGAGAAGGUUGGCUAUGCGUCGAGUCGCGGAGAGAAUGCAUAUGGCAUUGAGCUCUUCUGCAAGGACCUGCGCAGCUUGAAGUUUGCCCACAAGCAGGAAAACCACUCGCGGCGAGACAUCUUUGACAAACUGCACAAGCUGGCCUUCCCGCUCUCCAACAACCUGCCAUUGUUUGCCUUUGAGUACGGCGGCCGGUACUCUGUGAAUGGCUGGGCCGUGUACGACCCAUUGGCUGAAUACCGACGUCAGGGCCUGCCCACUGAGAGCUGGCGGCUGAGCCGUGCAAACGAGAACUACCAGCUGUGUGACACCUAUCCCGCCAUUCUAGCUGUUCCAGCUGCAGCUGACGACAGUCUCUUGGAAGCCGUGGCUAGUUUUCGAAGCCGGGGUCGCAUUCCGGUGCUGUCCUGGAUCCACCCAGAGGGACAGGCAACCAUAACUCGUUGUAGUCAACCCAAUGUUGGCGUGAGCGGCAAGCGCAGCACGGAAGACGAGAGCUACCUGCAGAUGAUCAUGGAUGCCAAUGCACAUUCGCAUAAGCUCUUCAUAAUGGAUGCUCGACCUAGCGUGAAUGCUGUGGCCAACAAGGCAAAGGGUGGCGGCUACGAGAGCGACGAGGCAUACCGGUGCACCGAGCUGUGCUUCUUGGACAUACACAACAUCCACGUGAUGCGGGAGAGCCUGCGCAAGCUCAAGGAGACCUGCUUCCCUAGUGCAGCAGACGAGUCCCGCUGGCUUUCUGCGCUCGAGGCCACCCACUGGCUGCAGCAUGUGCGUGCCGUGCUGGCUGGGGCUCUGCGUGUUGCGCACCGCCUCGAAGGGGCCAAGGGAUCGGUGCUGGUGCACUGCUCAGAUGGGUGGGACCGCACUGCACAGCUCACCAGUCUGGCCAUGCUCAUGCUUGACCCUUACUACCGCACCAUUCGAGGCUUCGAAGUGCUCGUUGAGAAGGAGUGGCUCAGCUUUGGCCACAAGUUUGCUCAGCGAAUUGGCCAUGGAGAUGACAAGCACUCUGAUGCAGACCGGUCACCCGUUUUUCUACAAUUCAUUGACUGCGCAUGGCAGAUCAUGAACCAAUUUAAGAAUGCUUUUGAAUUCAACGAGCACUUCCUCAUCACCAUCCUGGAUCACCUCUACAGCUGCCUAUUUGGUACAUUCCUUUACAACUCGGAGCAGCAGAGAGUUAAAGAGACGGUGCGUGAACGAACCCAGUCGCUGUGGUCGAUGGUGAACAGCAACAUCGAGGAGUACACCAACCCGUUGUAUGCUAGCUACCCGCAGCAGCAUGUCUUGUUUCCGGUGGCCAGCCUGCGUCGUAUCCAGCUCUGGAAAGGCUACUACUGUCGCUGGAACCCACGUAUGCGCCUUCAGGAACCAUUGCAGGUGCGAAGCCGGGAACUCCUGCAAUUGCGUGCACAACUGCAAAGGCAGCUGGAAGAACUGAAGAAGGAGCACGAAUCCAAGGUGUCUCGCAUCCCACCAAGAGUCUCAUCACCCAUCACCGUUUAGCUGCUGUAGCUGUGAAUGCUGCAUUGUACAUUCUCAGACUGUCAAGGAGAAGCUUUGCGAACUUGAAUAGCACGUUCCUACACCUCGGACAAGUCGCUUAUGUGUUUGUUAAAACUGUUGCCAAGAUGUUGUUGGCUCAGUGUUGCACAGGGUUGCGUUAAUUACCUCCUCAUGAACUUACACUUUGCUGGACUUCUUACCUCUCGGGUUAUAUGAAGUGCAGACACUUUUUUAAAGUUCGUAUAAGCCACGUCUUUUGCUAUUAUCAGCUGUUACGUAAUGUCAACCUUAGUGCGACAUAGCGCUCGUGUUCUGGUGACAUGGGGGUCCUGUGUAUCGUAAUAUAUAUUUUUAUUACACUUUUUCUCCGCAGACAUUUAUGUCUGUGCAUUUUAUUUGAUAAAUAAGAAACCGUUUUGAACAAUAGCUUGUGAUUUUGUGAUAUGCUUUUAUUCACUAUUCAGUCUGGUGUUUACAGUUUCUAUUUGUUGUUUUUAGUGAUGUGUUAUUUAUCCCUGUCUCACAACACAGUUCUGAAUUUUUUGUCUGCAGUAAUUACUGACAUAAAUGUUUAUCUAGACUGAUUCUUUCUUUUCAUUUGUCAAAAAUUGCUUUAUAGCUCUUAAAAAUGCAUAUACAGGAUGUCUCAGCUAACUUUAGCCAGAGUUUUAACAUAACCGAGUGCCACGUAGCUGGACAGAACCAAGGUAAUGUUGUUUGUCGUCACUUGGAGAUGUUCAAAUAAUUGCAGUGCGACUGGCCGCUCGAGGCACUUUGCAUGCAUUUGCGGGCUUCUUUUAUUUUAGAAAAACACUUCUAUGUAGCACAUAUUGAGCAACAGAAAGCUGUAUCAGAAGUUUUUUCAUGUUGCUCUACAAUUUUCUCAUUUACACUUUUCAUCUAAGUGUAAUAUUUGAGAAGUUGGUUAAUUAAUUAAGACUAAUUAUCUCAUUAGGCAGAAUGAAAGAAAAAUGAGUAUGUCCAAGCAACGGCAAACAACAUUACCUUGGUUCUGUCCAGCUGCGUGGCAUUCGCAUAUUUUUAAACUCUGGUUAAAGUUAGCUGGGGCACCCUGUAUAAUGGUUUUGAGGCACGGUUGUCAUGCGCUGCAUGCAACUGCGCUGCAAUUUGUACCUGUUGAAAAAUGUUGCAACAGGCACCGCCAUUUAGCUACUGAUUAGAUGCAUUAAAGAAUAUCCUAAUUAUGUGUACAAUAUGCAACGAGGUGGUUUUUGUAAUGACAAGCUAUUUGCACUAAUUGCGGGUAGCCUACCUUUUACUUAGUAUUUUAAUUAAUUGUAGUUGCAAUCACUUUGUCAUAAAUAAUCAGAAAUGUAACCUUGAGGUUUCAUGCAUUAAGCAUGCCGAUUCUCUUAUAAAUAAGUGCUAAACUGCAUAAAAAAUCUUUGCUAUGUCAUAAAUACUUGCACUUCUCUCCUCUGCACACAGCACCACCAUACACCCGUCACCAAAAGCAACCACAGGGUCGCCAAAAAAACUAUUUCUUCGUAAUUAACAGGCAUAAAUAGAAACUGAUGAAUGCACUAGAAAAUUUGUGAUGCCAAGUUUGAGCUGCAGUCUUUAAUUUCAUGUUGCAUUCACAAACAGAGGAGAAAAUAAGUUUUAUCCCUCAAUUCCUGGUCCGUAUACUUUUGCUCAUGGGCGUACACAUGCGAUUAGGAGCAGGACUCUGCAAGGUGUGUUUGGCAUCGUCAAACAUAACUAUACCGAACAUGGUUUAAUCAAAUUGUGGAUUUCUUGUAUUGAACAAUUUCUGAACAAUGUGAACCUGCAGUGAGAAUACAGGUCAAACUCCACACGAUGCGAAAUGGCUCCGUAAGCUGACUUUCCCACUCGGACAUUUCAUUACCAUGUUUGUCAUAGAGGAAGAAAAAAAAGCACAUAAAAAGCUUUUCUUUCCAUCAUAUAUGCCUUGUGCGGAUAUUCCUCACGAAGCUGCUAUGUUCCAGCCAACCCUUGAGGGAAAAAAGAAAAUAUGUGCGUAAAUCAGCCAGCAGAUUGCGGGCAGAGCCUUAUGUAUUGGCCAACGGGCACACAAGUUCAUGACAAAAAAUUGUUCAUCUAGCACUAUCCUUCCUGAUAAAGUAAGUUAACUUUGUAAAUAGAAACCUUAAAGUUAGACGUGUUGUUUUUUUACAGUCACAUUUCAUGAAACUUUAUUAUACUGAGCUGCACAUUAUAUCGAGCUUGCAAUUGCUCUUUUUUUUGUGUGUGUGGUUUCGAUUGAACGGGUUGGAUUACGCAUUAAGCUGUUCAAUAUACCCAUGCUGGUAGACAUCAAACACAUGGCUUUGUAUUACAACAGCAGCAAAACGAAGACGUACUUCACAGACUUCAAAAGCUGCAGUAAUACAGUCGGACCUCAAUAUAAUGAACAUGGAUUUAAUGAAUUAUUGGAUAAACGAGGUAAAUCUAUAUUUGUAUACAUUUUUGUUGACGCUAGCAUAUGAAUGAGGUUUUAUUAUUAAUAGACGAGAUACCGUACAAUAGAAUAUUAUACAAAAGGAGGUCCUGAGGUCAAAGACUGUAAUGGGACCUCCUAUACAGUGUAUAAGUAAGAAUAAACAGCUGCUACAAAUAGUAUAAAAAAUUUAAAGUAUAGAAAACAUAGUAUUGGUUUAUGUUUAGCAGUACUAAUACAAAUCAGCUACAGACAUGCUAGUAAAAGAGUAUAAUUAUUAUUACAUUCGACUAAUUACAGAAGUAGAACUAACUAUAACGCCAUUAUGAAAGUAAAUAGCUAAUGAGACAUAAUCACCGAACAGUUAUUUGUGUCGCGUGAGUAUUAACAAAAUGUACAUUUGAAAGGAAAAAAAGGGAAAAAAAACAUAAAUGGUUGCAGAUGAUAAAAUAUGGUCUUUUAGUUCUCGUUUAAAUUGAAAUUAUUUACAUGACUUAAUAGUAGGAAGUAGUGUGUUCCAGAAGGAACUGAACAAAAAAUGGAUACUCUGCUUACCAUAACUUGUGCAUACCUUGGUAAGAAUAAAAUUAUUCUUUAGUGCAAACCGCAUAAGAUUAGUAUUCGUUAAACAAGAUCAAGGUAUCAGACUGUUGUGGUGAGCGUUAUCUAGUUGUUGGUAUAAAAACAUACCAAGAUUAAAGUUACUAAGUUCGUCUAAAGUAAGAAUGCUGUAGUUAUGUAAUAACUGUUUGGGAUUGAAAUGGUUAUGACUAAAUGUGAUUAUUCUAACAGCCUGGUUUUGUAAUACUUGUAAUGAUUGUAAGUGGAUAGCAUACAUAUUGCCCCACCAUGCAUUUCUAUAGUUUAUAUGUGAACGGGUAAAUGAGUAGUGUAAAGAGAGUAGUGUUUUAAGGUUAAAUACAUAUUGAGCUUUUAGAAGUGUCCUUAUUCCAAAGGUUGCCUGAUGCCUAGUGUUGGCUGUGUGUUGAUAAAAUUUAAGGUUAGAAUCAAGUAUUACACUUGGGUAGUUACAGGAAGCGCUGUGCACGAUAAGAUUAUUAGCAAGGUAGAGCGGAGGAAUGAAUGCGAAUGAGCAUUGGUGGGACAUGAAUAAAAAAAUUUAGUUUUAGACGAGUUUAUAUUGAGCUGGUUAAUAUUGCACCAAUUUAACAUGUUGUUUAAGUCAUUGUUAAGUUUCGAAAGUAGGUUUCUUACUCAAUUGUCAGAGUUAGAGAUAGUUGUGUCAUCUGCAUAAAGAAUGUACUUAGAAGAAAACAGGCAAUGAGGCAGGUCAUUAACAUAUAUUAAAAACAAGAGUGGGCCAAGUAUGGAUCUCUUUGGUACAGCAAUUUUUGUUAUUAUUGAUUUAGAAAGAACACCAUUAAUUCUUACUUUUAGUUUUCAAUUUUUUAAGUAAUUUUGUAUUGAAGUUAAAGCAGGACCUGCUAUUCCGCUAGAAUGCGGUGGUUAACUUUAUCAAAGGCUUUAAUUAGAUCCACAAACACUGAUUCAGCAUACAUGCCUUUAUCGAUUGCCAUCCUUAAUUGUUCAGUUUGGGCGAUGAGAGCAAGUUCAGUCAAAUAGCCUUUGUGGAAGCCGAAUUGUAAUGAAAAAGAAUACUAAAUUUAAACAGGUAUUUAGUGAGGUGCUUUUAUGCCAGCCCUUCAAUAACAUUGCUAAGAAUGGGUAGAAUGCAUAUUGGCCUAUAAUUCGUAAUCAAGGCACGGUCACCCUUUUUAAAUACUGGAGUAAUUCUACUAUGUUUUAGUUCCUGUGGGAAGGUUCAAGUCUUAAACAUUAGGUUAAUAAUAAUUGCGAGAACACUUGAGAUUAGGUGCACAAUUAGAUUGAUGUGAUUUGAAUGCAUAUUAUCAAGACCUGCACUGGUACAUUUAAAUUUCUUAUGUUUUCUAUUUCCUGUGGUGUGGUUGGAAACAAAAAGAAUCAGCGAGGUAGGCAUUUCAUUAAAUGGUUAUAUUGCGUGGGUAUAUGUGAAUCGCUAGUAAAGAAAAAUUCUGGAAAAGCAUCAGCUAUAUCUUGUGCGGUGGUGUAAUGAAUAAUUUCCCUUAAAGUAUCGCCAUUGUUUUGCCUAUUUAAAAACUUAUUCACUAUCUUCCAUUUCUUACUGAUAUCUUUUCCGCACUCUAAUAUUUUUUUUUUGUCUUAAUAAAGUUUUUUAGAUUUUUUUUACUUUGAUAGAAAGAAAGUUGGAAAAUUUUUUAUACAUUUUAGCCAAAUUGCUGUUAAAUGGCCAUAGUUUCGAUUUCUUUAUACAGAUUGUCUUUUUUGUAUAUCAAGGCUAGAAAUUAUCUGAUAGCCAAUAAUUCUGUGGGGACGCAAACUUUUUUUUGCAUUUGACUUUGCGGGUGUGGCUGUCAAAAUACGAUUUUAGUAAAGAUAUAAAGAACGAGAAGGUCAUUUGUGGAUCUUUUAUAUCUGCUAUAGAAGACCAAUCAGCUUGGCUCACUGAAUAAAUGAAAGUUUCUUUGUCAAGUGUUAGCUUUGUAUAAGUGGCUUUGACAGAGUUUUCUCAAUUCUGAAAGCGUAAGAAUAUCAGGUAGUGAUCAGUCAGAUUUUGUAAUAGAAUGCCUGCGUCUGGCGGAGAGAGCAGGUUUGAAAGUGCAUGAUUAAUUAAUGUACCAUCUUCAUAGUGCAUCACAUAGGGGCUUUUAUCAAGCAUUCGUAACCGAAGCUAUUGAAACAAUUUGAAUAUUGUAAGGCAUAGGCAGACGAGCUGUGUGCGAGGUUAAUGUUAAUAUCGUCUAUAAUUAUAAUAUUUUUAUUUUCGUCUGCAAGAGUACCCAGCAGGUUGUGAAGUGCGGUGCAGAAAUCAUUUAUAGACAAUGAAGGCGAUUGAUAUGCCUGAUUUAUUAUAAGAUUUUUGUUAUCCACAUUAAGAAAGGCACUUUUAAGUUCAACCCAUACUGAUUCACAGUUACCUACACUGAGAAGAAGGUCGUGCCUUCUUUUUUACGUAAGAGUACUUGAAAUAUAUAUUGCGGUUCUUGUCGUGGUCACUUAACCAAGUUUCUGAGAUCGCAAUAAUUUAGCAUGCGAAGUGUCGCAGUCAGAUUUGAAAAGUUGCGAGUGUCUGUGUAUGCUUUGUGCGUUAAAAUGAAUGAUAGAUUUGUGAUUUCUAGACAUAAUUAUUUAGCUUGUUAGUUGUAAAAUAUGAUGACAUUGUGAAAUUGUCUGGUGAUGCGAUUUGUCAAAGGCGAAGGCAGCUAAGUGAUCACAGAAAGGUCGGUGACGAUCUGAAAAAUGCAGCAGCCAGUUGUUUUAUGACCCUUGAUUUGGCAAUUGUCAGUUCAUAAGAAUUGCCAUUUCUUAGCUUUCUUGAGAGUUAAGACCUUAGCAAAGAGGGUCUUAUUUUCAUGUGUUGGGUGGUCAUUUACGUACAGCGGUGUUUCUUUACCUACCGAUAUGCCUAUGUAACCUAGAGUUAGCCGCACUUUUCUUGCUUUUGUCAUGUAGUCAGACUUUUCCGUUUGCGAUAUAAAGCGGGCAAUGAUGUUUUUGUUGUCAGUUUUAGUAGGCACACUGAACUGUGCUUAUAAUGAAUAUCAGGUAUAAUGAAGGAAGUAUUUUCACGUUGGAUGCAACUGUGUUGUAAUGAUGUUUGACUGCACAAACACAGCAUUCAUUUUUAGGCACCCACGUCAAUGUGUUUCCAGACUCAAAAGACAGAUAACACCAAGUAUGGAUGCAGUUCUAUAACAUGAUUAAUAUAUAUACACAUCUCAACACAUUUGUAAAAAUUGCUUUGAAUUAAGCAAUCAAAGGAAUAAACGUUUUUGCACACAGUGUAGCACUUUACAAAACGAUCCUCGCAGUCAUGUGAAUUACAGUUGAAAAGCAAGUUUGACUAGGCAGCGGUACCAGCCUGCCCAGUUUAAUGCUUGUAAGCAAUUCACUUUGAAUUGGUAGCACAGUUCUUCAAUGUAGCGAGUUUAAUAAUGAAGCUCCAUCUGAGUUUCUUAAGCAAGUGUGCAGUUGAAUAUUUGUGCUGUUAUAGCUGGAGAAAUAAAGUGACACUGCAUUUUUGGGGCUGUCACUCCUACCAACUGAGCUAACUAAGCAACUAUGAAAUGACAAGAGUUAGGUUGUACUGACAACUCAAAAUGCUGACAAAGCUUAGCUCUGUUGUUACUGCUAGAAAUGUGCUCAAUUUUGGUGCUUUUAUCUUUUAAUGUCUUAUUUCAAGACAUAGUUGUCCUAAUGUAUACUGCAUUACAUAACAUUAUAGCCUGCUCACUCUUGUUCUGAAUGGAUGUAAGGCAGUAAUAAUAGCUUUCAAACAGUUUCUGAGAACCUAUAUGUGCUAAGAAACACCGCAAAGAACACAAUUGAAAGUAAUAAUUUGCUAUUUUUAGUACGAGUGCUGCGAGUAAAUAAAAUCUGAAAUGUACAAAAAUGUGA